CAACAACGCAUUCGGGUCCGAAACCGGACGAAUUGUGCAUGAUUACUUUUUCCUGACGGAUGUAUUACCACGUGUCCGACAUGUCGCGAGUGCCUGGCUAGGGGAAAACUUCUCCGGUGGUUAUUAAGUGUGGAUGCAGGUGGGAGAGGCAGAAAACCCUUCAGGGAGCGUGCCCCACGAUCGAUGGUAGACCCCCUCAUGAAGACGUGACGCAUGACAUAGUAGCUCGCUCGCUCGCCAUUUGGGAAAGCGAGUAUAGCCCUUCAACACAUCAUCGAGGCGCGUAUCAGCGCUUCACGCUUUGCUCUUUGUACGCUACCCGAGCUGGAAUAAUUAUCGGGGGAUAGCUUUGAAAACGAACGCCGAGUAUAGCCUGCGUUGAAUGCAUCGUGGCUCCUGAUCAAACUUCAAGCCCGUUGCGCCACGGCACGCGGCAUCCGCAUUCGUUGCCUGAGCCAUGGUCAAAGGACCGGCUGUCGUGAUUAUCGCCAGGCACGGCGCCCGCCUCGAUGCUGCCGACAAGACCUGGCACCUCACCUCGCCUACCCCCUACGACCCUCCGCUAACAUAUGGCGGAUGGACGCAGUCAAAAGCACUGGGACUGAGAAUCGCAGCGUUGCUCCAUGCGAGAGAGAAUGAGGGAGAGGCUAAUGGAGCGAAUCCCAACGCUGACCUUGCACAUCUUGAUUUCGGUCCGCUUGACCAAUCGAAGUCUGGGAUUGAUGUGAAGAGAGGGAAGAAGAAGCACACAAUCAUCAUACACUCGAGUCCAUAUCUGAGAUGUAUACAGACGAGUACGGCGAUUGCGGCGGGGAUUGCACAGUACCAACCCCCAACCCUACAAACACGGACGACGAAGGGAAGGAAUGGGUUCUGCAGCCAGUCCCCUAGGACGAAGAGUACUGUCUCUGAGAGCCCGGCUGUGCAGUCUGUGGCCGUGACAGUGCCGGCUGAGGACCCGAGUUUGGAGGUGUUUGGGAAGAGGCAGAUUGGGCCACAUAAUAUUCUACUCCGGAUUGAUGCUUUCCUUGGGGAGUGGCUUACUCCGGAUUACUACGAGGAUAUUACACCCCCGCCAAACUCGACUAUGAUGGUCGCGGGAGCGAAGGCAGACUUGCUACGGCGGGGAGACUACGUUGAGGUGCAGCAGAAUGCACACAAUAGCAAGGGGCACUUUCCUGGCGGGUGGAUGAAAAGCCAUGGAACAUCCACCUCCAAUAGCCAAUCGAGCACCGAGAAUGGUCUACGGGUCGGAUUGGGCAGCCUCGCUCAGGUAUCCCCAUUCCGUGAGCGGGCGAGCAGCCAAGGCAGCAUUGCGAAUCUUGGUUCAAGAACAAGUCACAAUCACAGCCUUUGCCACAGUCACAAUCAUAACGGCAUGUCUUUGCUUUCCAGGGCACACAGGGUACCAGCCCAUGUCUACGAUCCACCGGUACCAUCGUAUGCUGUCUCCCCGUCGGAUCCGAUUCCUAGAGGCUAUGUAACCCAUGCGCGAGACGCAUGUAUAGACGUCGAUUACCAAUGGGACAGCAUGCGACCACCACAAGAGUGGGGCGAUGGAGGUGAAUAUGGUGACGAGUGGAGCACUAUGCAUAGGCGCUUCCGCAAGGGCCUCGCUGGAAUGGUAAAUUGGUAUAAAGAGCAUGGAUCAGAAACUCCGCACGAAAAGAUUCGCGGCUUCACGUACCGAGCGCACGACAGCAGCACUCUCCAGCAUAUAUCCGACGCUGGCCCAGUUGUCGAGCCGUGUCUAGAAUUAGAAGAAGAGGAUGAAGACCUGGUGUUGAUUCUAGUAACCCACGGAGCCGGAUGCAACGCUCUUCUCGGGGCAAUAUCCAACCAACCCGUCCUUCUCGAUGUAGGAAUGGCCUCACUCUCUAUGGCCGUCCGACGCCCCUCCCCCUCCGUCCGCAAAUCUUCCAUGCCCACCCUUUCUACCCGUCGCCAGUCUGUAAUGGACAUGGGCAUGUCCGAAGAAUAUGAAAUGAAAGUGCUCGCCUCCCUCGACCACCUACGCCCUGGUGUCGACCCCGCUAAACCCCCGCCACUUAGCUCCCCCGCCGUCAACGCAAGCCCUAGUCUCGAGUACCGCAGGAGAUUUGGGGGUUCCGCGGGCAGCAAUAGCCCGGUUGACUCUUUGUUUUCGUUGGGGGAGCCGUAUCGCUCGAUAAAUAGUAGCUUAGGCAGUAUGCGACGGAGCUCAACGUCGGGAUCGUCUUCGAGACUACUGUCUAAUAACCCUCAGUCUUCGUCGACGUCUAGUAUGACAGGCCUUUGGUCCAGCUUGCGUGCGCCUACGCCUUCGGAACCCUUGGAGGGACGACAUAGCCCGGGUCAUGAUAUGGUGUUGAAUUUCCGCGAGGUGGCGCAACCGGAUUCGCCAUUACCACAGCUACAGCAGACACAGGACUGGAGCGAUAGCAAUGGCGAUGCAAACGGUAACGAGAAACACGGCGAAGACGACGACCUACCGCCUCUGCCAAGUGGCCUGGGACGCAGUCUGAGCCAACACGGUCUUUGGGGUCCGAAGCUGGGUACUAGUGAGGGUGGCCUUUGGGGUCAUCCGUCCGUAAGCAAUAUGUGGGGUGGGGGGGAAAGGGAGAGAGGGCCUAAGAGGAGAUGGUCAGUUAAUGAGAGUAAUUGAUAUCAAACCAUAGGCUCAGACCCUCAGCGGGGGACUGAAAAGAAGGGGGGCAAAGGGGUUGUUGGGGAUUACCUCUUCUCUACAUAAUAUUUUGGGCAUUUAUCAUUACCAGGUACUUCAUAGCGUUUUUCCCUUUUUUCAUUUGGGAGUCUGCAUCUUUGAGGCGGUAUUUAUAAAUACGAAAAUGGACAUUGCUAGAUACCCGGUGUUUUUGGCGGAUCUCGGGGAAUCUAGCGCUUGGGGGGAGUCUAUAUAUAUAUAUAUAUAUGGAUGAUGUGUAUCCGUUGAAAUAUAAUGCAUAUUCUC